CGUCCAACCAUUCACCGUCCCUCCACCAUAUAUACAACUGUAUAAGUGGGCUUCUCGAACACCGCAGACGGCAAGGUUCCGGUUUCCCUCAGCGUGAUCUCUGUCAGCCAUCACAGUCGCGGGACCAUCUCGACACAUAAGCGACAUCAAUUUAUCUCGGUCUUCAUCCUUCCACCGUACCGCAAUGGCAAGUCUCUUUGGCCUUGGUUCCUCAGCCGACAUCGAAGUCGUUCUCGCUGGCGAAGAUCAACGCAAACUGGUCGAAGUCAAAAUAGAUAAAGAUAAGAAGGCGAAAUAUCCACUUUACUUUGAUGGAGAGAGCGUUAGCGGGAAGGUUCAAGUGCGUGUGCGGGAUGGAAAGAAGGUUGAGCAUCAGGGGAUCAAGAUCGAGUGGGUUGGACAUAUAGAGUUGUUCUACGAUCGGGGGAAUCACUAUGAAUUCUCAUCCCUGGCGCAAGAACUCGCUGCUCCCGGAGAGCUAAGGUCGAGCGCCACGUAUGACUUUGAAUUUAAGAACGUGGAGAAGCAGUACGAAAGCUACUUUGGAAUCAAUGUGAAACUGAGAUACUUUGUCCGUGUAACGGUCUCGCGGCGAAUCUCAGAUAUCAUAAAAGAGAAGGACGUGUUUGUGCACUCGUACCGCAUACCACCAGAAGUGAAUAAUUCUAUCAAGAUGGAGGUUGGAAUCGAGGACUGUUUGCAUAUUGAGUUCGAGUACAACAAAUCAAAGUACCACCUCCGCGACGUCAUAGUCGGCAAGAUCUAUUUCCUCCUCGUCCGCAUUAAAAUCAAGUACAUGGAGCUCUCCAUUAUCCGCCGCGAAACAACUGGCGCAGCCCCAAAUCAAUACAACGAAUCGGAAACCGUCACCAAAUUCGAAAUCAUGGACGGUGCCCCCGUGCGUGGCGAAACCAUUCCCAUCCGCCUUUUCCUCAGUGGGUUUGAGUUGACGCCGACGUACCGUGAUGUGAAUAAGAAGUUCUCGACGAGAUACUAUCUGAAUCUCGUGCUUGUGGAUGAGGAGAAUCGGCGGUAUUUCAAGCAGCAGGAGAUAACGCUAUAUCGCCUGAAGGAUGACUCGGAAGAGCACAACGAGAUAGCAGGCGGAGCAUCAGCCGCUGGAUUGAGCACAUACACUGGAAGGAAAUGAGCCAAUGCAUUGCCACGCUGUCAUCAUCCAUGUGUCUUGAACUGCCCCGUCGGCAUUAUUCACCAAUUUCCUUGUCCCAAUGUACAAAGUAAACCCUCCUCCGCAUACGCUGCAACGCACUCUCUCUGUGUAUAUCGCGAGUCUUGGUAUCUCACCAAUCUUCGCCGUCCUCGACUUCUCCGUUCACCAUGUACAAUAGCCCCCCUUCAUUCCAAAAAGGAACCACUUCCGUGGCCAUCAUCGCUCUCGCGGGAAUCAGAAAU